AUGACACUCCAGCGCAAGCCACGAUCCCAGGCACCGCUCCGUCUUAACGGCCAACUCACCGCCGACCUGCAGCAAUCGACCCCCAGAGCUGGCAGCCCAGCCACGGGGCGUGCGAGCGCCUAUAUCGCUGAAAGUGCGCCACCACAGCGGACGUCCGAGAAGCCAAAUGAGGAAAACCAUUUAGAAAUCCAGUUUGAACAUAAGUCUGAGAAUGAAGCUGCAGCCUCAGAAGAUGGUGAAAAUGAGGAGGAGGAGGAGGAGGAGGAGGAGAAGGAAGAGGAGAAGGCAUCAUCAAGAAAUUCAAUCAAACGUGAGAAUUCUCUUUUGUUGUCUGAAGUGCCGCCUAAGGAAAGUGAAUUAAGAAUGGAAACUUGA